GUGCAACAUGGGGCCGGGAGUUUUUAAUAAAGGGGACCACCUCACGGUACCGGUUAAGAUUGUUUUAGUCUUCGACGGAAGUUGAUUUAGACAAUUAGUUUCAGAUUAGGAUCUAAAUUCCAAACACAAAACCAAAAUCAAAAUGAGCUACUCGUGGGAUCAGCGCGUCGAAUUCAUCGUCCGUCACAUGUAUGACAUUGACAACAAUGGCUUCCUGGACAACAACGAUUUCCAGUGCAUGGCCCUCCGUGCCACCGUCAUCGAAGGCAAGGGCGAAAUCAACCCGGCCCGUCUGAACGAAUACAAGUUCAUCAUGAAGUCGCUCUGGGAUGAGAUCUCCGCCCUUGCCGAUUUCGAUAAGGAUGGCAAAAUCACCACCGACGAAUUCAAACAGGCCGUCAAGCAGACCUGCGUUGGCAAGCCCUACUCCGAAUUCCCGAAGGCGAUGAAGGCCUUCAUUGAUGCCCACUACAAGAUGAUGGACAUCAACAACGACGGUCUGGUCAGCAUAGAGGAGUACCGUUACAACUGCAUCACCCGUCUGGCUGUUGAUGACAUCAAGCUGGUCGAUGAUUCCUACAACAACCUGGUCAGCGAGGAGGACAACAAGAAGGGUGGCAUCACCCUGGAGAGAUACCAGGAGCUGUACGCGCAGUUCAUGGGCAACGAGAACGCCAAGUGCCCGGCCAUCUACCUGUACGGCCCAAUUCCGGAAUAAAUUUUUGUUCCACCAACAACUAAUACCCAUCAUCAGCUCAAAAGAUCAACAUCAGCAUCUUCGGCACAUCCACCCAUAGAGUAGAGGCAAGAGACCACCACCACCACCAUUUUAGACAUUUAUGCUUAGAUAAGCUAAGACGUUGUGUGUACCCCCGUCAGGAUGCACCGUUGCUCGAUCCUACCAUCCUGCGAGCGGCUGUGUAUCCUGGACGACAGCACACUAUUACAAUACAAUAUGAACGGCAAUGAACAACUGAAACACAUCCAGGAAUAUAGCAACGGAAAAUGGUAGCGAAGGUACACGCAGCACCAAAACAAUAACAAUAGCAAAGCCAAAAAAAGCACCAUCCAUUUUAAGAGGAAACCUCAAAUCGCGCCGUGUCUAAAUCAACUUCUAUCCAUCUACGUUCCAUCUGGUAGAUUCGAAUACUAAAACAUCUCACCAUCGGACGGCAGGGGUUUACAGCUACGCGAUUUUCUCUUGAUUGGGAGUGUGUGCCCAAAACUGGUUUGUUUAAGCAUAGAUGGAGCAGAGAUCUGUAGAAUCCCCGCGCGAAACACGCGUUCCUUGCACCAGUUGCCAUCGAACGCCGUCGUUUGGCCGGAAGGUUAGGCAUGUGAAGACUUCAAGUUAUAUAUGACGGUUAAUGCAUAUAGACCAAAGAAAAACCAAAUACCAACAAAAACAUCCACUAUGAGAGAGAGAGAGAGAGAUAAGGAAGAAAUCAAAAUCAGCUUUUUUCCCCCGUUUACAUGGAAAAGAAACAAAACGGAAUGGAUUUUUCAUAAUAAAACAAUUCAUCUACCAACCAAGAUCACGCGGAUAUAUGAAGCCUCAACUAAAUUCUCGUAAAAGAAACUACUCUAUUGCCUUCAGAUUCGAAUGAGCCCCACCACCACCACCACCAUCCGUUUAAUUCAGUGGUCGAACUAUCAACACACUUGCAACAAACAAAUAAAUAACACAACAGCCUAACAAAACGCUACCGGAUAAACUCAACACAGGCCAGUUUCUCUCAAAUAUUAUAACCCAAUAACAGAACGCUCUUUUCUUACCAUCGAUUCAGCAGCAACAGGAAACCCCCGUGGAGCCAAUGGAUGUUUUCUACCAGUUGAGACGUUAGGGCAGAGGGAAGAGCCCUUCUCUUAACGUCUACCUAAAGCACUGUUGUUCGUGUCUGCCAGGAUACUUGCACGGUGAGGACUCUUCUCUCUGCCCAAUUUCGCGUUUUCGUCUUCAACUGAGUUCGAGGCAGCUGUUGGAUAUCAGGGGGAUUGUGCUGUUGCCGCCACGUUCUAAGUACUUGAGAGCUACUACGUCCAUUUUACUUUUGAUCGAAAUGGGCGAUAAAUCAGCCUGAUCAAGAUAGAAUAGCAUCCAAAAUACAACAUCCUUAGCCGUUCAGUAGAAUGGGAUGAACACCAACAUCCAAUUCCUUCCACAUUCCAUUCUGCUUGGAUGCUACAAUGGAAGGACCAACUACUUUUUACCCAAACUAUCCCCAAAGACAUCUUUCCCCUGGGGAGUUCUGUCGCAAAACAACAGGGACAAAAUGAGAGCUAUCAUAUUUUACUAUUAUUUCGUUUUUGGUUUGAUCCAGUGUGAUCGAGCUUCUAGAGAUCACACUUGUGUGUACAUAGUACAGCCAACUUUCCUUACUCUGCGUGUAGCGUGUAGUGGAUGGGAGGGUUUUUCCCAUACAACCUACCAGAAAAACGGUCACAUAUUUUUUGUGUGUUCCCUUUUCUUCUGGAGCUGGUAGCUUGCGGGGGAAAAACAACACACACCCAUGCGACUUGCAAACCACGCUAUACGCUACAUUUAAUUUUUUCUCUUUGCAUAAACUAUAUUAACCACACAACUAGUUUGUUUAUCAAACCGAGAAAUUCAGCAUAAGAAAAGCUUUUACGUUGUACUACUAUACUCUGUGUAACACUGUUUACUACUUAACGCGAUUCUGCUACUAACCUCCAUAUUAGCACGUAGAUGGUUUUUAGUGUUUACGGUGUUUUCAGUGUUGAUUCUUACUCAUUCACACGUUCAAACAAACCCAACCAACAAGUAUACGGGGAUGUUGUGAAUGAUAAUAGUCCAGGUAAAAAGCAAAAAAUACAAAAAAAAGAAAAUCAAACACAUACACUACUACACACGACAAACAGCAACAAAAUGCCCACAACAACGUACUAAUGUAUACAGUACGCGAUAUCGUUUUACUCUUUAAUGUUUAUAGUUAAUCUUGUUUGGUUUGAACCUUACUCGUUUUUUGCUACUCUUACAUAUUGUUAUAUUAUUCACUCACUAGGUUAUAGACAAGCAAAACAGAAAAAAACAUAUUAUACUAUAAUCUAAGCAUUGAAAUAGCUAAGUGUGUUAGAAAACUGUUAUAGAUGAUACGUUUUUUUCGCCCUUAAGAAAUAUUUCUCGCCUCCUUCUUUGAAAGUUUGACAACUAUGAAACAGUAAUGGGGCGGUUACACCUCGCACAACACCAGAGGUUGUUCCGCGGCCGCCCAAAAUACCAUCCAGAAUCUCACCCAACAUCGAGAUUGACUACUAAAAAAAAACAAGAAACAUCUUUUUUCUAUGAGGUUAUGUCAUAAUGUUCGUUUGUAAUACCAUUCAAUUAUACCAUCUUUGAGGAAUAGAAUAGAAAAGCAGUAACAUCAACGACAGCAGGAAGAAUAUAUUGAAAUAAACAUAAUAAUACCAUGCUUUUACCAUUAACAUCGGUAGGCGUAAAAGCACAUCGAGAUAGGGAUAUAUAGAUUGAGAGACAGAGACAGAAAGAGUGAGCAGAAGCAGAUCCAAAGGCAGAUAGCACACGCGCAAAACGCGUGAAAACUUUAACACCAUCAUUACUAACUAAACUGCAAAGUCGCGAUUGGAAAUGCAAAAGCCCCCAGAAACAAUCCGUCAAUAAACAGCUGAUAACGGAAACCAAAAACCCAACAUCUCAACAGCAGCACUCCAUCUGUGUGCCCUUCAAUGGCAGUAUCCCCCUGCUGCACUUCUUCCUAGUACUACUAUUUUAAGGCCAAGAAAGAGGAUAAGCCGGCAGAUAUCCUUCCAUGGAGUACAUCUUCGAUGUUUUACGUAUGAAAAGGCUCGCAGAGAAUCCUUCCACUAUUACGAAGAGUGAUUUUUUGUUUGUAUUGCUGAUAUAGAUGUUAUCCCGUUACUUCGUA